UGGCAAUGACAUUAUAAUCCUUUUUUACGCUCUACCAAGUAAUGAAUAAAAGAUAAAUCAUUAAAAAGUGCAUAUCUUAUAAAUAUAUCAAUUAUAUAUCUGUGACAGAGUUAAAGAUUAAGAUAUAGUCACUGAUUGAUUAUUACAAACAUAUAAGAAAAGUGUUUUUUACAACAGUGUUAAACAUAGAAAGAUUUCUUUUGAUUUAAAUACAAAUUUGGCUCGGUCCUGCAGCUGCGGGCAGAGGAAUGUUUUGUUAUCAAUGUCCGCCCGCCCUGCAUCCCUGUGGACCGCAUCCACCAAGGUUGCCAACAUUGGACUAUCCAUUUGCUGCCACGCAUCCAUAUACCAGCUACUCGUAUCAUCCUGCCAUACAUGAUGAGACCUUUGUCCGUCGCAAACAGCGACGAAAUCGCACCACUUUUACCUUGCAACAGCUCGAGGAGCUGGAAACGGCAUUUGCCCAAACCCAUUAUCCGGAUGUAUUUACUCGCGAGGAUCUGGCCAUGAAAAUAAACCUAACUGAGGCACGUGUACAGGUUUGGUUUCAAAAUCGUCGAGCCAAAUGGCGUAAGGCGGAACGGCUUAAGGACGAGCAACGCAAGCGAGAAAAUGGCGAAAGUAGCAGCUCAUUGGAUAAGCUUCAUGACUCACGCGAAUCCUCACCGGACAUCACUGGCGAAAUUGAUGACGAUAUGGAUGACUUACCGCCACGUCAGCGCUCACAUAGCCCCAUGGCUAAUGGACCCAUAGAGCAACAGCAUUCCCAUUCCCAUUCCCGUAGUCCGCCCAGCGUCGGUAUCGGACUACAUCAUCUUCACGAUUCGAGUGACAAUGAGCGUCCCUUGUCCUCGAAUCAAUUGACCGCCACUCCACACUCUGCCUCCCAAUCGUUGGGCUCCAUCAGCGCUGGUUCCCCAUCGCCGGGCAUGCGCGAGCACACACCCCUGGCCAGUGGUCAAGGGCCACCGAGUAGUCCAUCGAAUUCACGCAACACCGAUUCACCCAUCGAAGUGGGUGGCCCAAUGUCUUUGACAACGGGCUCUCGCAUGGCACCGUCAUCAAAUAAUUCGGCCUCAUCGACACCAACACCAACCACGCCACUGGGCGCCGCAGGAUCAGGAGCCGGACAAUUGCCAUCACAUACAGCCGCAGCGGCGGCAGCAUUUGGUAGCCAUAUUUUUGGUAGCUUUGGUGCCGGCACCAGCGUCAGUGAUAGCAAUUGUGGUUUUCGUCCAGUUUUAAGUGAACAGAGUGCUGUGGCAGCUGCAGCUGCGGCAGCAGCAGCUCAACGGAAUGCCGCCAACAAUCAUCCGCAUUCGCAUCCGCAUCCGCCACUAUUUUUGCCGCCACAUCUGGCUGCCCAAUUUGGCCAUCAUCAGCCCCUGUUUGCCGGUCUGAAAGGUGUGUCGCCGUUUCAGAGUCUUUGUUCGUGCUGUUCGCUGAAGCCGCCGCCACCACCCCCUGCCACAGUUGCCCCACCGACACUGAGUGUGCCGGUGAGUAGCAGCUCGGCAGCCAGUUCCCCAGAGUCUCCCAAAUCGACGAGUGGAGGCGGCAGCAAUGGUGGUGGUUCGGGUGGCAGUUCCUCUGCUGAUCCACGUUCGAAUUCGGUGGCCGAGCUGCGUCGCAAGGCCCAAGAACAUUCGGCAGCUUUGUUGCAAUCGUUGCAUGCGGCAGCUGCUGCUGGUUUAGCCUUUCCUGGCUUGCAUUUGCCUCCCUUAUCCUUUGCCCAUCAUCCGGCCUUGGGUCACAAUAAUAACAAUAAUCACCAUCAUCAUCAUCAGCAUAAUCAUCAUAUGAGAAUGAAGCAUGAGGCUCAGGACAUGACGGCCAGCACCAUGAAUGGUUUGAGUGCUGCCAACUCAACGGGUCUGUUGCCUGUAACAACAUCGGCUUCUCUCUUGGACUUGGCUGAAUCGGCAGCGGCAUAUCAACAGCAGCAGCAGCAGCAACAACAACAGCAACAACAUGCUGCCACUUUGUCGCCCCCCACCACGCCCACUCAGUCGCAGGCACCCACGGCUGUUGCAGCCGGCGAUUCGCCAACAACCACAACAACAACAGCAACGACACCAACAAACGUCAAUCCGUUGCUUUUGCUUACCAAAAGCGAAUAAUAAGCAACGCAUUGAAGUCUCUGUGCAAUUCAUUUGAAUAUUUAUAACAACAACAAACAAGAAUUAAAA